GGUGAGCAGCAGGCUGUAGGUCAGUGCAUGUCCUGCUCCUUAACCAGACUAGUUUGUCUGUGACCACAACACCACAUCUGACAUUCCUUAUUAAAGAUGGGGGAGAGGUUACAAAGUCAGAAGAGCUACAUUUGCUCAUUUUUCGAUUGCAAAGCUAAAUUUACUAAGUCGUGGAAGCUAGAGGCUCAUCUGUGCAAACACACGGGGUUGAAACCCUUCUCCUGUGAAAGCUGUGACAAGAGCUUUUGUACUCGGUACCAACUGACCAGACAUGAGCUCACCCACAGUGGUGAGAAACCACACAAGUGUUCGGCCGACGGCUGCUCUGAAGCCUUUAUCACUAAUGCCAGCAUGAAGAACCACAUGGCUCGAGUUCACCAGCACUGGGAGAAGCCAUAUAAAUGCAACUAUCAAGGCUGUGGAAAAGACUUCAACAAGAGGAACCAACUCAGGAGUCACCAGGCCGGGCACGGGCAGCCUGGUGCUUUCAAAUGCAAUGUCCAAGGAUGUGCUAAGGAAUUUCCUUCUCAGGGGAAACUGAAGAAUCAUGAAAAAGUCCACAAAGGUUACCCUUGCGAGACGGAGUCGUGUCCUUUCCUGGGACAGACGUGGACGGAAUAUCUUAAGCACAGAAAAGGACACAAAGUUAAGGUGCCGUGUGCAGAGUGCAAGAAGCAAUUCAACAACUCCUGGUUCCUGCACCUGCACAGGCUGCAGGUCCACUGUGGCCAGAGGAAGACGUGGUCCUGCACUAAAGACGGCUGUGAGAAGGAAUUCACCCGAAGCUUCCACUUGGAGAGUCACGUUCUGAGUGAGCACGAUGGGAAGAAGACCUUCAGCUGUGCCCACCCUGGCUGUGAGAAGAGCUUUGCCAUGAAGGAAAGCCUGUGGCGCCAUGGAGUGGUGCAUGAUCCAGAAAAGAAAAAACUGAAGAAAAUCAAAGCCAAAAAGAAUCGACCCCAGCAUAAGGCACCUGUGGUCAGACCGGCAGCUACAGCCAACGUCACCAAGCUAGCUGCGAAGCUGAGAAAAACUACUUUAGUGGAUAAGAAAUCCUGAGGCUCGUUCAUGAAAAUAUUUUUGGUUUGAUGUUGAAAGAAUUUAUUUGACAUUUGUGUUAUCUUCUGAACACGGAUUUGGUUUUGUUUUCUGUUGAUGAAUAACCGUUUCCAAUUUUGGUCAUGUUUUUGACUUUAAGCCAAUUUGAUUUGCUGUAUUAGUAUUUGAGCUAAUGCUGACUUGUUCUUGUUUCUGCCACAUUUUGAUUUUGAGGUUCUUUUGGUUGAAACACUUGUUUCUUGUUUGACUUGGAGUCUUUUCAAAGUGCUUAAGAUUUGUGCCAGAAAGUGGCAAAGUUUUCCUGCUAUUUUUUGGCUAAAUAAGAGCUGUUGCAGGUUAUUUUUGUUCAACAUUUAUAAUUUGUCUUCAAAUUAACUUACAGUAAGGUUUCAGUUUAUCUCUAAUACAGUGGUUUCCAUGGACUGGCAUGUAAUCCACUAAAAUAAAACUUGCUGUAUAUGAUUAAAAAGUAAUGCAUGUUUUGUUCUACAGCAGCCCUGCUUUUCUU